AUCGAUUAUCAGACAACCCGGUCAUUGUCGCUUCGUUCCACCAUGGCCAAGUCCAAAGCAGCCAAGCGCAAGCGCAAUGCGCAAAUUGAUCUUCCACAGAAACAAGCGAAGCCCUCGUCCACAUUGACGCCUCCUCCCGAUGGCACCAACCUCGAGCCGAAGCAUCUUAACACCAUUGUUUCCGACGAAGAUCUCGAAAUUACCGUCGAAACCCUUACAGCACUCGCACAAUACCCCGGCCUGACCAAAUCGAAGGCAUGCAAGGAUCUUCGAGUAGCGGUUUAUGAUUUCCGCCAGGCCUGUACUACAGGCGUCAACAAUUCUGAGGGUGCCAACCUGACGGCGCGAAUUACCGGUGCAUUGGCUGAUGGCAAAUACAUGGAGGCUAAGAUCUUACUUGCCGAGAUGAGGAUCAGAGGCGAACAGCCCAAGAUUGGAGCAUUAUGUCGUUGGGUUCGAGACUUGGAUGUGGUCAGUGGCCUUUCGACACAGCCCGGAGAGACCGAUCGGGUCGUCGAGCGUAGCGCAAAAGACCUCGAACUCCUCGGCGUUCUCGAUGCCGUCUUGCGUGUUAGCACUCCGAUCGAUACCAAUCCGAAAGCCGCCUUCUCCACUUCUCCAAUCGCUUUCCAGUCUAUCUGGGACCUGCGACCCUCAACAGAAUCUCUCCCAGUCUACGCUUCCGUACUCGACAAGACGAUCCUGGCCGAGGCACCUACCUCUCCCUCUGCUAUCCGCGUCAUUGAAACUACCCCCGGUCCGCUCCGCAAACCUCCAAAUCACCAUCCCGCCAUUCUCUACACUACCGCACCCAAUGCUGUCCCUUUGGCUCCUGUCGGGCCAACAAUCACAUAUCACCCACAUCCCGCGGUGCCGGGCCUCGGCGUGGCCAUGGACGUGCUCUCCCCUUCAGAAUGCAAGGCAAUCAUUGCUGCCGGUGAAUCUGUGAACUUCCUGCCCGACGCGCCUCUCCGCGAGGAUGGAGACAUCAGCAUCCUGGCUCACAACUUCUACUGGGUUGUAGACACUACUUUCCACGACCUCCUUUGGGCGCGUAUUUCUCCCUAUGUGCCUGCCUCGAUCAACGGUCGCCUAGUCAGAGGUAUCAACCGGCGGUUCCGUGUGUAUAGAUACGUCCCGGGUGCGGAGUACCGCUGCCACAUCGAUGGCGCGUGGCCACCGUCAGGCAUUCUCCCUGACGACACGUACGUGUACGACGCCUCGCCGGAAGACAAGAAACAGAGCUCCAUGUACACAUUCUUGCUGUACCUCAACGACGAGUUUGAGGGUGGAGAGACAACCUUCUUUAUGCCCGCGGCGCGGGAGGGAACUCUGAAUGCUUACCCGGUCCGACCUGUGAUGGGAUCCGUUGCCAUUUUCCCACAUGGAGAGGCCAACGGAGCUUUGUUGCAUGAAGGGACGGGAGUCAGAAAAGGGGCAAAAUACAUUAUCCGAACCGACGUCGAGUACGAUGUCAAGCCCUCCGAGGAGUGAAAAGCCACGUAUACAAGGAGCAUGACCCUGAACGGUAGACGGCGGUGCCCGUCAAAGGCGAUUGCGUAACGAUUAACGACCAAAAAAGUGUCAGAGCAAUUAUAAAAGCC